AUGGCGCCAGCAAAAGAGACGGCAGACCCGCCCAACAACUUCAAGGAGCUGAUAAUCGACAAUCUUACCGAAAACACCAUCAAAGCUCGAAAUGGGGCUCUCAAGAGUGAACUCGGGUACUGCGCCGAAGCACUCCGUCUAGCUGUUCAACAUGGUGCCCCCAAGCUCAAAAGGAAAACAGCAAGCGCCAUCGUCGGUCAUAUCACGGACACUCUGAAGGAUUCCGCUGGCAACUUCUUCGAACCCCUACUCAAGGAGGGAUAUGCUAGGGCCUUGAGCGCCCUUCUGGAAGUCCCAGCUAUUGUCGAAAACCUAGCCGCCUUCGACGGCGAAUACUGGAAUGAUUCGGUUGACUUUUGCCUGGAUGCCCUUUCCCAUCUUCUAGAGGCUGCCGAACGAGACUUGGGCACUUCGUCCCGCGCUUCCCCAGCCCCCGGAACACCUGCUACCUCAAGAGCAGGCUCACUUGGCCUAUUUUCGGCAAGUGGUCAAGUGAAUGGCUCACUGGUCCUUGACUUCUUGUCGUGUGUCAAGGCACUCACGUCGGCGCCAAACGCGCCAGUUCUCAGCAGAGCAGAAAGGAUCUAUCAACUUGUGCUUCGGGUGCUCACCCUUCGUCAAAUCAAGCUAAUCGAGCUGCAAAGAGUGUCAUUUUCCAUCCUCAACAACAUCUUGGUGCGUGUACAAGCCGACGAUAUAGCCCUGGCCAAGACAAUAACCACAACAGUGGUCCCCGUGUUAUCCUACUGCUGGCAACCUCGGUCCUUAUCCCGGGGUGCCUUGUUGAACUCUUUGAGGGAUGAGAUGCUCAAAACCUUAUACGGAGUACACCUAUUUUUGGAGAGUUUGCUUCGGGAGGCAACGGAUGAUAUGCUCUUGAAAGAUACCGAAGAUUUGCUCGAGUCUGUAUGGUCCGAGUACUCUGGGCGGCGGGAUGACAAGAUGCGCCUUCAGAUCGAGGACCUCACCUUCUCAGCGAUGCAGCUGCCCCCAGACCACCCAUCGACCAUGGUAUUUGGUCUGCGUCCGUAUCAUCUAGCAGGGGAACAGAACUGGGCCUUGCUUGAAAACAUGGCCCUUUUGGAGGCGGUUUACGCAAAGAUUCAUCAACGAGAUCGUCAGCACCCAGAAGAUGAGCCCGACAAACCACGGAAAAGGCGCCGAGUGAUAGGAAGCACGAACCGAAUACACCAGAAGCUCAUGUCACCGGACCCCGCGGUACAACUCACUGCUCUACAGCUUAUUCCAUUCCUGUCCGCGUUGAAGCACCCAUCUCUUGAGGAGGUCAAGGACAUGUUGGUGGAGUUGUCAAAGUUUAUCUCGGCGAAAGAAGACUCGGUAGCUCCGUGGGCAAUGGUUGCAUGCUCUAGCCUGGCGGCUCACGAAACGUCUCGUGACCCAUCCCUUUCCUCCAUAUGGAAGCAAGUAUGGCAAAUCGGUGUCAGGUCCCUAAGCUUACCCCCUACAAGCCGCUCGGCAUGCGUCCUUGUGGACUGGAUUCUGAAAGCGAAGCUGGUUUCCGACCAUGAACUAGCUGGCGAUGUCAACCAGAUCAUCACGGCUGCCGAUGUCAGCGGACCAGCGGUACUCGUUGACUCGUCCCUUAUGCUAAUGUUGACCUUACUGCGGGCCCGCAACGCCAUAUCCCCCAAUGCCAGUCAGUCAACUUUCAGUCACGUCAUUCGAUGGGCCUUCUUGAAGUGGGAUCCAUCAGAGCCCGUACAUGCAGCACCGCUAGGCCUUAUAAAUCUCCUGCGGGCUUGCUACGGGAUGCCGGCUCUUUGUAUUAAUGUGUCAAUCGCUGUCUUUGGUGGUCCCGUUAUGCAGUUUCGAGCAAGCCAAAAGCAGCGUCAUGCAAUGAUACGGUAUCUAUUGCUCUUGGAAGAUGAUGGCCCUCCAGAGGACUCGUACAAACCAACGCCAACCACUGACCUUAACUCUGCCCAAGCAACGUCAACCGAUCAGCCAACGACAACAGAGGCAGCCCAGGCGGAUGAUUUGUCAAGUUCCCACUCGACAAGGCGGCUGGUUCUUGAACUGCUCUUCCCCAAGCUUCAGGAACUAUCACAGAUGGUAAAAUCAUGGCACAAGCGUGGAAGUAAGAGCGCGUCUCCCGUGUCUCGGGAUCGCCUAGCGAGCGUCAUUUCGGCUUGUAUUGUUGCAGUAUUUGUCAUGCCCGAGCUUGUCGGUCUCAACUCUUCCAUGUCGAGGGAUUUGGAGAUAACCGUGUUUGAUAUCGUUGAGGGCAUGAUUAAGGCGAUUCCUGAGUCUCCCGAGACUGAAGUUUUCUUCAAUACUGUCCUGGAAGCCUCUGCACCCUACAUCCCUACCCUGGGUGAAGCUGAUUUAACUCAUUUCAAACGUGAGCAGCCAUAUGCCCUCAGGUUCUUUGCCACGAUCUCCGGCAGCUUGGUGGAAAAGCCCCAGCGAGCAUCUCCCGCGGAUGACGAUGCCGAUGACGGUCUAGCGUCUAUGGAUAUCGAUGAGUUCGAUUCCCAGGCAACCCACAAAAGUGUAACGGCGGGGAAAAAGUGUCUACCCAGGCGGGACAUUACGCUCAUUCACACUCCCGAGGCCUUUUAUCUCGACACUGGCCUUCGGCUACACCUCCUUAGAAUCAUCCGUGCGGACGAGGGUGAGCUUGGCCGGGUGCCCGAUCCGAUCGUGGAUCAUCUUUGGCAGCUCUCCGACGAGGACCUUUUGUCAUGCCGGCUUUUCAUGCAGGAGCUGUUCACAUCGGAUGUUGUCACGCCUGCUGAUCUCGCUAUAAGGAUUGUUAAGAGGAUCGGCAAGACGAUGAAGAGCGAGCAAUAUUUAUGCUGCGAAGCAGCCAUAUGUACCCUAAUUGAUAUCAUGGAGGGAUUCAUCACCAUGUGGACUGAUGAUGAACUUGAGAUCUCGAGUAAGGUGAGCGACAUGUACGUCUGGUUCGUCAAGCGUGCGUUGCCGAACAAUUCGCUUUCAACUACUGCACAGAUUUGGUUUUCGAGACUUCUCUUCCGCCUGCUGGAGGUCAACUCCAACUUUGCCUCUGAGAUUCUGAAGCUCCCUUCCACCCGAUCUACGCUCCUCACGAUACUAACAGAAGCGCCCAUGGAUGUCAAGUUUUUCAUUGGCGUCAACUUGCCGAGAAUCUUUGGGCUCUAUAUUCUCAAAACUCACGACGACGUGUUUGUCGACAUUUUCAAGUUCCUUCCCGACGGAGGAACAGAAGGCAUCGCGUUUCGCCUGUUUGCACUGGUGGAACUCGCAUGCAAAUGGCCUACAUUGCUUCGCUGGUGUACCUACCACGUCUUCGAGAUCCCUGCGAGAAACCGAACAUGGGUAGGCUAUGCGAAAAGUAGCUUUAGGCGGAUGUCGAGGUGUCUGAAUCUGAGCAGCCCUCAAGAGUUGUUCAUGCUUUUUGCCCCCCAGAUACUCUAUACCUGGCUACUGGACGGCACCGUCGACGAGAUUCCAUACAGCAUAUUUGGGUUUUCGAACUUGGCAGAGCUCCUAUCCAAAAGUCAGUCAGAAGCUGUCGGUAUUAUGAUGAUGCGCGGCCGCGAAACAGAGGCCCGAGAGCUGGCCAAGACUUUGAAGCUUAGUAUAGGAGAGUUGGUCACACAGAGCUUCAGCAAGAUCAUCGCGUACAGCAUUGCACACGACUUCAGCUCCCCAGACGUUAGAGUAAGCGGAGAAAGCCGCAUGAGAAAGAUCAUGGGAGCUGAGAAUUACAACAGCAACAUCAUCAUCAACCUCGUCGACAUCCUGGCAACGUUUUUCGAGACAGUUGACCAAGAGUAUCCUAUCGAGAACUCGUUCCGCAAAGAUGCCAACUCUGCCUAUGCAGGGGAAAUCAUGGAAGAAAUUAAAGCGUUUGGUCAUCUGGAUGCAAGGCUUCCGCCAAACCAGCAGCCUAUGUUCAAGGCCAAGUUCCUCCAGCGGCAAAUACUGCACCUCGUUAAGAGGACCAACUAUGAGCUACAUGAAAUAUGGACACCCGCUCUCGUGGUGUUCAUAGCCCGAAAACUGUUGAACACGGUUAACCCAGCAUUAGGCCCAUUGCAUGCCUGUUCGGUGCUGCGGAAAAUCCGGGUGCUUAUCUGCUUAGCAGGCAACACUGCCCUGUAUGGCUACCCUCUGGAGAUGCUACUGCAUUCUCUGCGAGCUUUCAUCGUUGAUUCGGAGUGUGCCGACGACGCCCUGGGAAUCACCCAGUAUCUCCUUACCAGGGGAAGCGACCAUUUGGUCAAAUUCCCUUCGUUUCUUGCUGGCUAUGCUCUUUCAUGCUUAGCUGAUCUUCGGAUAUUUCUCGAGUCGAGCCAAUCUAGUACCACUCAGGAGAGCCAGUUCAAGGCGACAAAGUCAAAGGCACAGCUUUUUCACUCGUGGUUCUCCAAAUAUCUGGCCAGCUACAACACCAAUGCAUGGAAGGAUGAGACGCAGAAGGAAGCCUUCCAGGCCAUCACUCAAUCCGCUGCUAACAUCCGCCUCAUGGGCAACGCAGAGAAGGACACCCACGAGAGUAAGCUGCUCUUGGAGAUUCUCAAAGAUUGGGGUCGAGAGCACCAACUUCUUAACGAACCGGCUCGAUCGAUCGCCCUGUCAAUGCUCUGUGGCUCGUUCAAUGUUCCGCCACCAACUCGCUUGGACGUGAUUGAAAGCGACGAAGAGGCGUUGGCUCAUGGCGCUGCUGUCUGGAUGAGUUGCAGUUCCAAGAAGCUUAGCAACGAGUACUUGGCCUGGGCCGGACGAGUCGUUGGUCGGUCAUUCGCAGCCUCAGGCGACGUACCCCCAGACCUCUUGCGCGAAUCACGCCUUCAGGAGUAUCGAAAGAAAUCUGCGAUAUCUCUUGAUUUCAUGGAAUCGGAGGAGGCUCUUCUUAGCCUAAUAGAAGCUCUCACUGCGAGUAGCGACACCUUUAGGGCUGGAUUGGCCGAGGCUGCCCUCCGUGUAGCAGUGUCUGAUGCCAUCCAUGAGAACAAGCAACCACUAAUCACCGCCUAUCAGAAGAGUCUUUCAGAGUCAUUACAAGAUGCAUCGAAUUGGGGAGAGCUUAGACCACCACUAUCGGAUUGCUUCAGUGUCGAACACCCCAAUGAAGCCGAGGUAUUCUCUGCGGAAUUCUUCGAAAGUCCGAACUGGGCACAGCACCUCACGACAUUCUUGGCUCAGUCUGUACCCCAGAGCGUGGCACUCAGGGUACUGCCUCCCAUUUUGACAAAGGUCAAAGGCUUUGCGGAGCAGGCGUUCCCCUUCAUCGUCCAUAACGUGCUGGACAGCGAGCUGGAUCAAAUCCAAGAGAUGAAGCUGAAGCUUUCGGAAGCCUUGAAGGAAUGGCUGGCCUCUGCUUCGCCGGCAGCCAGAGACAACCAGAGACUCCUCAUCAACACAAUUCUGUACCUCAGAACACAGGCAAAGCCAAAUGAGACAUCUAUGGCGGAUCGACUGCAGUGGCUCGAGGUCAACUUUUCAACCGCUGCGGCCGCUGCUACACGAUGCGGCAUGUAUAAAGUUGCUCUUCUGUUCGCAGAGUUGGCAUCCUCGGAGAUUACUCGCCAGUCUCGCCGUUCGUCCGCAAUUCAGGGACUUGCGGACACGAGCGAGAUUUUGCUGGAUAUCUUUGAGAAUAUUGACGAUCCAGAUGCCUACUACGGCUUGGCCCAAGACGCUUCGCUUUCAACCGUAUUGGCUCGUCUCGAGUACGAGAACCACGGCGCCAAGAGCCUAGCAUUUCGUGGAGCUCAGUAUGAUAGCCAUCUGAGGCGUCGGGAUGUAGCCUCACAGCAAGACGGGGAGGCGCUUAUCAAGGCGUUGAGCAGCCUGGGUCUUUCUGGCCUGUCGAACUCUCUACUGCAGACGCAACAGAGCUUGGAUGGCUCUUCGAGGUCUCUUGACUCCACGUUCACCAUCGCACGACGUCUAGAAGUGUGGAACCUUCCUGCGCCGCCUGCGACUGAGAACUGGGCGGUAACUGUGUACAGAGCUUAUCAAAGUAUGCAUCAAGCUUCUGAUAUCAACAUUGUACGAAGCGCAAUUCAUGACGGUCUUACGAGAACGCUCAAGCAUCUCACGGGGAAGAGCCUCAACACAUUGACACUGCGUCAUCAGCUUGGUGCUCUCGCUACACUUGCUGAACUCGAUGAUGUGCUGAACAUUGGAGAUCUCUCCGAGCUGGACGACGUCGUCAAACACUUCCAAGCGCGGUCCAAGUGGAUGAUGAGUGGCCAGUACGACGAUGUCAGCCGAAUCCUAUCGUGUCGGGAGACAACAAUGAGCAUGUGGAGUCAACACCACAACCUCCGGCCAUCGAGGCUGACGCCUGCAGAUGCUCGUCUAGCGCAGAUUCGUGGCAUGCUGGUCUCCUCUGACAUCUACCGGUUCCAUCGUGCCGCCCAGGAAACACUGAACUUGUCCACCGCGCUCACGCAUCUUAUCAAGCCGAGUGAACAGGUGGGGCUUACCGUCGACGCGGCGAUUCGGAUGGAGGCUGCCAACUCGCUGUGGGAUCAGGGUGAGAUGAUCUCCUCCAUUAGAAUGCUGCAGAACAUUGACAAGGACUCCUCGCUGAAGAAACAAACUGUUCCUGUCAGCCGUUCGGAUCUCUUGUCAAAGAUCGGCAAGAAUGACGAGGUUAUGCAACUCAAGGCCCUGAUUGCGAGCACCAGGGAUUCACAGGUCAAGAGUAGGUAUUCCAGCCACUUAUUGAAAGCGGAGCAGUGGCUUGACCUUGAUCAACAGGAGCUUUGCCGAGUUGAGCAGACUCGUUCUGAGUUUGUGAAGUUAAGUUUACAGAACUACCUACUCUCCCUCGCAGCAUCGGAUGAGUACAAUAACGAUGCGCUGCGUUUCACGGCUCUGUGGUUAGAACGCUCGGAGGACGACAUGGUGAAUAAGGCUGUGAAGAGGUACAUCAACAACGUGCCUACUCGGAAGUUUGCCCCCUUGAUCAAUCAACUAUCAUCGCGCCUGCAGGAUAACAGAGAGCUCUUCCAGCACACACUGAUGGACCUUGUCUACAAGAUUUGCCUCGACCACCCUUAUCACGGCAUGUACCAGAUCUGGUCAGGUGCAAGAACACGGAUCAACAAGGGUGACGAGGUUGCUUUGUCCCGACAGAAGGCGACGGACAGGAUUGCAGAAUACAUCAUCAAGAGCGGCGUACAAGCCGCCAAGAUCUGGCCAGCGAUUGAUGCCACAAGCGUAGCCUACCACAAGCUCGCAAUGGAGCGCGAUGCUAGCAGGUACAAGCAAGGUCACAAGAUGAACAUUAAGGACUCAAAGACGGGCGCGGAGUUCCUCGCCGUGUUUGCAAAGUAUUCGAUUCCGCCGCCGACGAUGCAGAUGCCUUUGCUGGCGAGUCGCGACUACUCGGAACGCAACGUGCCAAUGAUCGACAGAUUCGAACCCCAGAUGUCUAUCGCCGGGGGCGUUUCCGCACCCAAGAUUAUCACGGCCAUAGGAAGCGACGGACAGCGAUACAAGCAGCUCGUAAAGGGCGGCAACGAUGACCUGCGCCAGGACGCCAUCAUGGAGCAAGUCUUUGCCGCCGUCUCGGAGCUGCUCAAGCACCACCGUACCACUCGUCAAAGGAACCUGGGAAUCCGGACCUACAAGGUCCUCCCUCUCACCUCGUCCUCUGGUCUCAUCGAGUUUGUCUCCAAUACCAUCCCGCUGCACGAGUACCUCAUGCCCGCCCACGAGACGUACUACCCCAAGGACCUCAAGGGCAACCACUGUCGCAAGGAAAUCAUGACGGCCCAAUCCAAGACCGUCGACACUCGCGUGGCCGUCUACCGCAAAGUCACGGAAAGGUUCCACCCCGUCAUGCGCUACUUCUUCAUGGAGUUUUUCCCUGACCCAGACGAGUGGUUCGCCAAGCGGACUGCCUAUACCCGCACGACAGCCGCCAUAUCCAUGCUGGGCCACGUGCUCGGCCUGGGAGACCGACACGGACACAAUAUCCUUCUCGACACCAAGACGGGCGAGGUAGUACACAUCGAUUUGGGCGUAGCCUUUGAGAUGGGUCGCGUCUUACCGGUGCCGGAACUGGUGCCCUUUCGUCUGACGAGAGACAUCGUUGACGGAAUGGGCAUCACCAAGACGGAAGGUGUGUUCCGGCGGUGCUGCGAGUUCACACUGGACGCGCUACGGGAGGAAACAUACAGCAUCAUGACUAUCUUGGACGUUUUGCGGUAUGAUCCGCUUUAUAGCUGGUCGAUGUCGCCCGUCAGGAUGGCGAGGUUGCAGAAUGCGAGGAGGGGGUCGGCGGAUGAUGUGGUGGAUGAGGCGGAGGAGGAUCAGCGCCCUGGUGGUUUGAACAAGAAGUCGAACGUCAAUGAACCCAGCGAGGCGGAUCGGGCGUUGGAGGUGGUGAGGAAGAAGUUGAGCAAGACGUUGAGUGUGAUGGCUACGGUGAACGAUUUGAUCAAUCAGGCGACUGAUGAGAGGAAUUUGGCGGUGUUGUAUGGUGGUAAGUCGUCCCCUUCCUUCAUGGUUUCCGGUCAAGACAUGAGUGAUUGCUAA